AUGGCUAUUUUUGGCCAAUCAAAAUACGGCAAACCGAUUGUGGUCAACGAAAAUCUGGCCGAUAUAUCGGCCGCACGCAUACUAUUCAUAGUUAUCAUAUUUUUCUGGGCACUUGUAGUCAAAUUUAGAGAGUGGCGUCAAUUUUGGUUUGUUUGGUCGGAUACUAAACUGGCCCGACUGGCUAUCGGCCCUACAGUCCUACUAAAUACAUUGAUUGCCAUCUAUACGGCCAGUACUCUAGUACAUACUGUACACUAUUUAGAUAAUAUUGCCCGACCAGUCGACUACUAUGAACCCAGUUAUCUGUAUCGUAGAUAUCUAUUAAGUACAAUGGAAAUUACAUUCAUAAUUAAUUUUCCCAUAAUUAUGCUAGGUUAUUAUGGUAUACAAAAAUUGUUAAACGCAAUACUAGUUGGCAAACAACAACAAAUUAGCCGCAAAUCAAUUAUACUAUUUGUCUACACUGGGCUAACUGUCCUCCCAGUGCUACACUAUCGCAUCGAACCAAUCAAAUCGUUUUCAUUGAUAGUUAACAUAAAUAUUUUAGUCGGUCUAUUGUUGGCCAUCCUAUUGACAGCUGUCCUAUCGGUUAUACUAUAUAUGAAUCAUCGAUACGACUAUUUCGGUAGCUUAGGUAGUGUUGACGAUACCUAUAGUCUACUGGAUAUUAGUCGACAUAAUUUCAGUGAUAUUAUUGCCGAUGACGACGACGACGAUGAGAUUGAAACAUAUAAUAUCAAUAGUGUCCGUAUGUCGUCGUCAUCGGGAACGACACGCAAAAGAUCCCGUUCCCGAUCGCCUACACGAGGAUUAUCAUCAAACAUAUAAAAAUAUUUUAUAUUUUAUUUUUUUGUUAUAACAAACAAAAAAU